AUGUCUGCUGAUCAUUCUAGAGACCCAUGCCCUAUUGUUAUACUUAAUGACUUUGGUGGUGCCUUUGCCAUGGGUGCCAUCGGUGGUGUGGUCUGGCACGGUAUCAAAGGUUUCAGAAAUUCUCCUCUAGGUGAGCGUGGUCUAGGUGCCAUGAGUGCCGUCAAGGCUCGUGCUCCUGUUCUAGGUGGUAACUUCGGUGUAUGGGGUGGUCUAUUCUCUACAUUUGACUGUGCGGUUAAGGCUGUGAGGAAAAGAGAAGAUCCAUGGAACGCAAUCAUCGCUGGUUUUUUCACUGGUGGUGCUUUAGCCGUUAGAGGUGGUUGGAAACAUACCAGAAACAGUGCUAUUACUUGUGCAUGUUUGCUGGGUGUCAUUGAAGGUGUCGGUCUAAUGUUCCAAAGAUACGCUGCUUGGCAAGCAAAGCCAAUGGCUCCACCACUACCAGAAGGUGCAGGUAGCGCUCCACCUCAACCUUUACAGGCCUGA